AGUUUUUUACACGCCGCCUUCAUGGAUGUAUGAGCUCUCCGUCACGCGCGGAGGCGUUUCUCGGUUCCAGCGGGAGUUGCUGCGUGCGUGCGUGCGUGUGUCUUCCCGCACCGGCUUCCCGAUAGGAGUUCGAAGGCGAAAGCUCGCGCCCCUCCACCACCACCACUUUGUGCACAAUGCGCGGCGUGUGUGUCUCUGUGUGUAGCUGAGGGCGGACCACCAUGGCCGAGCCGGAGGCUGCGGACACGCCGAGACCGGCACGAGACUUUCCGCACGCUGCGGCGCGUGAGACCGGUUAUGAUAAUGAUGAUGAUUGUGCCGCCGCCGCCGCCGCUGCGGGCACGCGCGCGUUCCUCAACCUCGGCGGCGAUCCGGAGCGCGUGGACCCGAGGCAGUGCGCACUAACGGCGGACACCGGAGCCGCGACAGCUCGGCGGAGAGGAGCCAAGGCUCCGGGAACGCACCUUGCGGCAUCAUGAAGAACAACUCCAAGCAGCGACAGGUGAGGAAGAAGACGGUGUCGUUCAGCUCCAUGCCAAACGACCGCAAAAUGAACAGCACGGCAGCCUGCAUGGCCUUCAUGUUGGAGGGAUGCGAGAUGAAAAAGGUCCGCUCCAACUCACGCAUGUACAAUCGGUACUUCCUGUUAGACCCUGAUUUGCGCUGGCUCCGCUGGGAACCUUCCAAGAAGGAUUCCGAAAAGGCAAAACUGGAGAUCAAAAGCAUCAAAGAGGUGCGGUUAGGGAAGAAGACCCCUGUCCUUCGUAGCAACGGCCUCUCGGAUCAGUUUCCCGAGGAGUGUGCGUUCUCAAUCAUUUAUGGUGACAACUACGAAUCUUUGGAUUUAGUGGCAAGCACAGCAGACAUGGUCAGUACCUGGGUGAUGGGACUGCGCUACUUGGUGUCUUACGGGCGCCACAUGGUUGGAGUGCUUGAAGCCACUCAGCCAAGCCUAAGAACAUCCUGGAUUGGCUCAGUUUUUGAGUUGGCUGAUGUCGAGAGGCAUAGACACAUUGACCUGUUCCGUGCCACACAAAUUAUCAAGGGGCUUAAUCCAGGCAUGAGGGAUUCACGGAUCGAGCUGAAGUUUAAAGAACUUCAGAAGGCCAAAGAACGCUAUGGUGAGGCCAUUGACCUGGACCUAUUUGUUGAGGCAUAUUGUGAAUUAUGCACAAGACCUGAGAUAUUUUUCCUGCUUGUGCAGUUUUCGAGCAACAAGGAAUACCUGGAUUCUAAAGACUUAAUGUUAUUUGUGGAAGUUGAGCAGGGAGUCGAAGGAGUGACAGAAGAGAUGUGUCACGAAAUUGUGAGAAAAUAUGAGCCAUCAGCUGAAGGUCGCGAUCAUGGCUUUCUAUCAAUUGAUGGUUUUACACAUUACCUCUUGUCAUCCGAGUGCCACAUUUUUGACCCACAGCACAAAAGCGUUUGUCAGGACAUGACGCAACCCCUGUCCCACUACUACAUCAACUCCUCGCACAACGCCUCUUUGUUGGAGGACCAUUACUGGGGCUCCUCAGACAUUAGCAGCUAUGUCCGUGCCCUGCGCAUGGGUUGCCGCAGCAUAGAGGUGGUGGUGUGGGAUGGCCCUGACUGUGAGCCUGUGGUCUAUGUAGGCAGCUCUGUGACUUCCCAGUUAGCCUUCUCAAAAGUCCUGGAUGUCAUUAACCAGUAUGCCUUUGAGAGCUCAGAGUACCCGCUUAUCCUGUGUCUAGUGACGCACUGCAGUGUUCCACAGCAGAGGGUCAUGGCCCAGCACAUUAAGAAGAUUCUGGGGGACAAACUCCACACAGAGUCCCCCAGUCCUGAGGAAAACUAUCUGCCCUCGCCAGUGAAACUAAAAGGCAAGAUACUUCUGAAAGGGAAAUGCCUUCCACCUGACAUACAAGAUUCUGAAGGAGAUGUGACUGAUGAGGAGGAGGGGCUUGAAAUGUCACGGCGCGUGGUGGGCACAGAUGAAAAGGACCAUCUCAAUGGUUUCGGUUGCAAGAGACUGCAGCUUCGUAAAGAAUUGUCAGAUCUUGUCACUCUUUGCAAAUCUGUCCAGUUUAGAGAUUUCGAGUCUUCUAAGAGAGAACAGAAGCACUGGGAGAUAUGCUCAUUCAAUGAGGUGGAUGCUAAUCGCUUCGCUAAUGAGUACCCCGAGGACUUUGUCAGUUAUAAUAAGCGAUUUCUAUCACGGGUAUACCCAACUCCCAUGCGCAUUGAUGCCAGCAAUAUGAACCCACAGGACUUUUGGAAAUGUGGUUGCCAGAUUGUGGCUAUGAAUUACCAAACACCAGGCUUGAUGAUGGAUCUUAAUUUGGGUUGGUUUAGGCAGAAUGGCAAUUGCGGUUAUGUGUUGCGCCCUGCCAUAAUGCGUGAAGAGGUCUCGUACUUCAGUGCCAAUGCGCGUGAUUCUUUGCCUGGUGUAUCUGCCCAGCUGCUCCAUAUCAAAGUGAUCAGUGGACAAAACCUGCCCAAACCUCGAGGCUCAGCAGCGAAAGGUGACGUGGUUGAGCCAUACAUAUACGUAGAGAUUCAUGGGAUUCCUGCCGAUUGUGCCGAGCAGCGCACAAAGACAGUAUCCCAGAAUGGAGACAAUCCGAUUUUUGAUGAGAGCUUUGAGUUUCAGAUUAAUCUCCCUGAGCUAGCAGUUUUGCGUUUUGUGGUUCUUGACGAUGACUACAUUGGGGACGAGUUCAUUGGCCAAUACACCAUUCCCUUUGAGUGCCUGCAGCCCGGAUAUCGUCAUUUACCACUGCAAUCACUCACAGGGGAGUAUUUGCCCAAUACCACGUUAUUUGUUCACGUGGCCAUCACUAACAGGCGUGGUGGAGGUAAAGCUCACAAGAGGGGACUUUCUGUGAGGAAGGGGCGCAAGGCAAGGGAGUACACUUCAACCAAGGCUACUGGGAUCAAAGUGAUAGAUGAACUCUUCAGGGCCUCAACGCAGCCACUUCGGGAGGCAACAGAUUUGCGGGAAAAUGUGCAGAACGCAAUGGUGUCGUUUAAGGAGCUAUGCGGGCUGACCCCAGCGGCUAACAUGAAGCAGUGUAUCCUGACUGUUUCGUCUUGGCUGCUGAACAGCGAGAGGUCACUGCGUGUGACUGUGGACUUGAGUGAGUCCUACCCCACCAUGGAGGCCCAGGGUGCUGUUCCUGAGUUACUACGUAAAGUCCUCAUGGCCUACGACACGAUGAUCCAGACGAGUCGUACGCUGAUCGAAUCAGCAGAUAGUGUCUACUCCAAACUUACUCAGUCACAACGAGCAGGGCUGGAUUUCCAUGAAGACCUGCACCGGAUUGGGGCAAAGGAGGGCCUGAAAGGGAGAAAACUGCAAAAGGCUAUGGAGAGCUAUGCCUGGAACAUUACCGUUCUCAAGGGCCAAGCGGACCUGUUGAAGCACGCCAAAUCCGAGGCGAUGGACACACUGAAGCAGAUCCACUACGCCGCUCAUUCUUGUGGCCUGGCCAAGAACGGAGCCUCCACAUCACCGGCCUCGCCUUUGCUGCCUCCUUACCCUCGGGCCCCCGGAGCCCUACACACCAUCCCUGAGACAGACUACCCCAACACAGACACAGAUACCCUCCACUGAUAUAUACCUACUGAGCAAUAGACAGACAGAAAGACGAAGACAGAGAAAACAAGACAGAAAAGGUGACCUUGGAAAGACCUUGUCUUUGAGGGCACAGAAGUACACAGGAAAAUGGCUGUAGAAGCAGUGGAAGAAAGCAGGUCUGUACAGACUGGUCUAGAGUUCUGUCUCUUCAGCUAGUUGCUAGACGAGUGGAAAGCCAAGAACCGAGGUAGCUCUGAGGUAAUGACACGAUGGAAAUGUCUGCUUUAUGUUACUGUUUCGACUUUGGUUGAAUCUCGAAUCUGAGCCUCUCGCACUGUAACCUAACGCUUAAUCCUAAUCCAGAAUGAAACCUGAAAUCUUGAAUGCAAGUUCCCAUCAUUGGAAGUCUAGAAAGCGUACUAGCUGCAAAUGCUAGGAAUGUCCCAUAAAUUUUAUAAGAGUAAUAAUACUUAAAAGAAGUAAUAAAUAUAAUAAAGAAUGACAUAAAUCAAGGGCAGGCACACAGAUGUUCCAUUUCGUACAUACACAAAGAUAAACACAUUCAUAUUUGAUUUGAUUUUCUGUUUAUAUUUUUGUCCUUCGGGCUUUUAUCCAGGGUUUUCUUUCAGUGUGUGAGGGUGUGUUAUCUGUGCGUCCUUCUGAUCAUAGUGUUUGAACUGGAAUUGAACUUGAGACAGACUGAACUCAAAGUAAAAAAAAAAAAAAAAGAUCUACAGCACAGACACUCAAACAAGCAAAUAAUUGACAUUGUGAAUGAAUCCAGUCAAUAAUUUUAGAACAAAUUAAAGGACACUUUACAGUCUAGCUCGGAACAAUUCACGCUGUAUGUGAACAAAGUGACUAUUGUAAUAACUACUGUAAGUAUUGUGGGUAGGUAUUAAUAUUACUAUUGCAGUUGUUUUAUAAUUACAGUAUGUCCUGCUGUACCCAUAGUCAAGAUGUCACUGGAAUACAAAUAGGCCAAAAGGUCAAUGGCCAAAUAGGGUGUUUUGGCAUCUGCAGAAUAACACCUUGUUUGAUUUCUUUCAUUAAGCCCAUAAUAUAUUAUAAAAAGUGAAAUGGCACCAAAA